GACUCUCCUAGCAGAGAUGGGUCAGAGAGAGGUUGUAGUGGCUCGGAGGUGGCUAAUCAUCGGUGGCAUUGGGUGUGAGGAGCCAACCGGCAGGGACCUGCCUUUGGAGGGUGUUUACCAGCAAUGUUCUGGCCCAAGUAACAUGCCGACCGGCCCAAUUGUGCUCUUUGCCUCACAAUUCAAUUUGAAUUCGAACUAUACUCAUGUUGGGUCAUCAGGUGGACUGAGGUUGAGAGUUUCACUUUCACAGCUUAGGUUGACAGCCGAGUUAAGUAAGAGUGGGUUGCCAAUUUCAAAGUUGCACCCCUCACUAGGGAGGGAGGGAGGGAGGUUGCCAAUUUCAAAUCUGGUAUAUGUAUGUGGGUUGGGCUAA